UCAGGACGUAAACAAUAAAAUUGCAUUUGGACCAGCUGGAAAUGUUCGAGUUUGUAAAACAUCUUUUUAAACUACAAUUCCUACUAAUAGUGAUCGCCAUUUUUACCGGUGUUUAUUACAAUGAAAUUAUAAAUUGGAUGGUGAACAAAUAUGCGGAUUCAGCAAGUGAAAGUAUAGCGAUUAAAUUCCAAAAUCCCGAAGAGGCAACGUUAAGUGAGCGGCUUUUCACGCGUGAUGAUUUGGCACAAUUCAAUGGCGAAAAUGACGCACCACUAUAUUUGGCCAUAAUUGGCACGGUAUUCGACGUGACUAAAGGUGCAAAGCAUUAUGGGCCAGGAUGUGCAUAUAAUUUUUUCGUGGGACGCGAUGCUUCUGUGUCAUUUAUAAAUGGUCAAUUCGAAAAGUUUGACGAAGAUGAGGCCGAUGACGUCGUCUCGUUAAGACCCAGUGAUCUUAUCAGUCUAGAAAAUUGGCAACAAUUUUACAGGAGAGAAUAUGUAUACAAAGGUAAACUAAUAGGACGCUUUUAUGAUAAAAACGGUGAACCAACGGCAUACAAUCACAAGUACAUGAUGCUUUUGGAGCAAGCGAAAGCUGCCAAAGCGCAAGCCGAACAAUUGCGCGAAGUGUAUCCAGACUGCAAUAUUGAGUGGUCAGUAGAGCGGGGGUCACAUGUUUGGUGCACUACAACUAGUGGUGGCAAACAGCGUGAAUGGGUGGGCUAUCCACGACAGUUGUUCGAAAUUGGUGCUAACAACUUCCGCUGUGCUUGUGUGCAAGACAAGGACUUGGACACAACUGAGGUGAUGCUCAAGGAGUAUGAGAAUUGCGCGCCACAUGCACAUGAGUGUUACUACAAGGUGGAUUAGCAAAAUUAAACGUACAUGUGCGUGUGUGCUUCUAGAACUGUUUUAAAAUGUUAUACAAAGCAAUUUAUAGCAAAGUGUUUUUAUAAAUUUUAGUGAAAAAUCAAGAUUUUUAUAAAUUUAAUGAAAAAUUAACAAGUAUUUAACCUGUUAAACUUUAUACUAAAGCAUUUUAUGUACUUAAUCAUUUUACAAAACAAAAGUAUUUGCACUUAACAUAUCCAACAAUAAGAUAGAGGCCUUAGUGUUCAAUUUUUGUA